AUGCCCACGAUUUUUUACAUUCCUUUCCGAACGAGGACAGAUAAGGGCUUAGCAAAGGUGCCGGAGAGCGAGCGAGCGAGGUUUCUGCUGGUGGAGAUAGCUCUCCGAAGGGAACAGCAAGUGAACCAUAGCCCGCACGCCCCUGUUGAACUUUUGGAAGGAUCCGAAAUUGAUCUGAAGGAUCUCUUGUAUAUCGACGUUCUCGAUAUGUAUCCAUAUGUGCCGAUCGAAGGCACCGAGGUUCUCGGUGCGAUCCCCAAGGAGGGCCUGGAGUGGGUAAUCGCUCUCCAGAAGGCUGUGCAAACACACAAAAUCCCGAACGACGUUCAAUGUCUCAAUGUUGGGGCGCUGCAAGAGUACUUUACGUUGAACAGGGAGCGCGAGAAUCCACGAUCUAUUGGCCGGUCCGUAACGUUCAGCCGCAUAUGA